GUUAUGCAAAAUUUUCUCUUACUGUACUCACAAUGAAAGGAAGGAAUUCUUUUGUAGCAAUAUAAUGAUUUCAAUGAUCAGUACCUAUUGUUGACAGUACCUCACAAUACAUGCAAACAUCAAUGCGUCGCCUAUGACUAUUUUGCUUUGUUUAUUCAUAUUAGAUGACGCUAUGUUUGAUAACUAUAGGACCUUAGUAGUAAGUAACUGCUUCAGGCAACAGUCUAUUCGAAACUACCACCUACCAAGCAUGGUCAAUCGGUCAAUCAUCUAGACAGACGGUUUAAAAAAAGAAAAAAUGUCUUGGUUUCCCGCUCUAGUUUGUCUUUAUCUUUAUGUAUUCAGUGUGGCGGGAAGUGAGAUUCAAGAGGAGUUACUUUCGCCUCCUUACAUACCGACGGAAAACGGGGUGGUGAAAGGGAAAUUAGUUAAAAGUGUAGAUUUUUCAUACAUGGCUUAUUUGGGGAUACCUUACGCUGCGCCUCCAGUUGGAGAAAAUCGAUUUAAGAGUCCAUUACCAGCAAUGCCAUGGAAUGGAGUGUACGAAGCAAGCAGAACAGUCCAGUGCCCACAAUCCGGCUACGGUGAAGAAGACUGCCUCGUUAUCAAUAUCUUCACUCCAAUCCCCAUCAACCGGCAGCACCAUCGACGUCCCCUUCCAAUCCUGGUUUUCAUCCACGGAGGCGCUUUCAUCAGAGGAACCGCCCCAACGACUGGCAUGGAGUAUCUCCUUAAGCAUGAUAUCGCAGUGGUGACAUUUAACUACAGAUUAGGCGCGUUAGGCUUUUUGUGCCUUGGCACUGAGGAUGCACCUGGCAACGCUGGCUUAAAAGACCAAGUAGCCGCGCUGCAGUGGAUCCAAAGAAACAUUAUAAAUUUCGGAGGACAUCCACGACAUGUGGUCAUCUACGGUACGGAUGCCGGAGCUGUUUCUGUAGACCUUUUAAUUAUGUCGAAGAUGAGCGCUGGCUUAUUCAAAGGGGCUAUACUGGAAUCCGGAUCAGCCACAUCGCCUUGGUCGGUCGAUGUUGACCCAAUAGGAACAGCUACAAAAUUAGCAGAAACAUUAAACUUUAUCCCAAAGGAUAUAGAAGAUUUAGCUCUGUUUUACAAAAACAAAAUUGUGGAUGAUUUAACAACCGUAAAUGAAUUAUACUAUAAUAGUUUAAAUGAUGGGACUGUCGGGUUUUCACCAUGUAUUGAAACAUCUGGUGCAAAACCUCAUAUUAGACAAUUUCUGCAAGAGUCACCGUACGAUAUGCUGAUGAAUGGUAAAUAUGACGAGGUACCAGUCCUGGUAAUUUUUUCUUCAUUAGAGGGACUUUUCCUGAAGAAUGCACAGUAUUAUGAACAGAUAUUUAAAGAGAGAAUGGAAAAUGAAUUCGAAUAUUUCUUGCCAGGGAAUCUAGCUUUUGAAACGGAAGAAGAUAAAAGGAUUUUAGCUGAAGCGAUCAAGAUAUUCUAUUACGGGAAUAGAACCAUAAGCAAGGAGACGCUGGUGGAAAACUUGGAGUAUUUUGGGGACAGUCUUGUUUUGAAUGGAAUUUUGAAAUCUGUAGAAUAUCAUUGUAAACGCAUGCCUGUUUAUUUGAUGGAGUUCUUUUAUAAAGGCAACCUGAAGACGUACGAGCCAUUAUACGAGAACAUAACAGUGGCAGGACAUAGUGCGGCAUCGGAGCAUGCUUUUGUUUCAUCGCUAAUCACGAAUUUGGAAGAUAUGCGGGCCGUGGAAACAUUUGCAGAGUUGAUAACGAACUUUGUGAAACAUGACAAUCCAACCCCUCGCCUGACCUGCCUAUUGCCCACCGCGUGGCCGCGCGUGAACAGCCCCAACAAGAUGCAGUACAUGCGCUUCGACGGGAACCUCAUGAUGGCAAUCAGACCUCACUGGAGACGGAAGCAGUUUUGGGACAAUGUGUUCAAGCUGUAUAGGUCACAGCUCAAUCCUGUAGAACCCUGUUGAGAAUUUUUGUUACAUUUUUGGGAGUCCGCUGGUUGGCGCGGGUGCACGGCGCGGGUACACGCACACGGGUGCCAUUGUAGGUAAAGUCCGUCACACGCGUCCGCGCCAGCUAGCGUUGCUCAUACCAAAGAGAAUUGGAAAUAGAGGUGGAUUGUCAAAAAAAACUUGUAUCCACAGUAAAUUUACUGUCAUCUUUAGACACAUGAUUAAAACUUUUAUAACGUUAUUUGACUUUGAUCCUUAUUAUUUCACUGAUGUGUUAAAUUUGUUAAAUAUCAAAAAGUGGCGCCAUCUAAUAGAUCACAGGCCAAAGUUAUGGCGGGAUCGUUUCGAGCGAUGACGCCACAACCUUUAACAGAGGUCUGGUAAGAUCGCGCCACUUUUUGAUACCUAUUUAACAAACUUAACACAUAUCAGUGAAAGAAUAAGAAUCAAAGUCAAAUGGCGUUCUAAAAGUUUCAAUCAAGAGUCGAAAGAUGGCAGUAAAUUUACUGUGGCUACAAUCACCUCUAUUUCAAAUUCUCUUCGCUGAUACCUAGAAUAUGCGUUAACCACCGGGUGAGCGCACCCGCUCCAUGCAACCGCGCCAGCCAGCGGCGUAGCGUGUGCUUUUGCCGCCCGGGGCCCAUCAGAAUUUUGCCGCCCCGUUUAUGAUCAACAUUAGUUAAUAGAUAAGGAAAAGUUCCGUAAAAAUGGUAAAAUACAAAAAAUAAAUUCAAAAACUAAAACUCGACUACUGAAAAUCGGGCUCUAAAAACAAAAAUUAUGAAAAAAAAAUCUCAUCUAAAAUAAUCACUCAGAAAAUGCUUUAUAUUUAUCAUCUUUUAGAUCAGUGGUGGGCAAACUUUCUUCAUAGUGGGCCAGAUUUUUUUAAGAAAUUUAAGAGGAGGGCCAGAAUUGCAGUAAUACUGAAUUUUGAUUUGCGAUUAUCCUGGGCCAAUGCCAUAUACUAAAUAUUUCAUAGGACCGUUGGCGGGCGGGAUAAAAUCCUUUCGCGGGCCGGAGCUGGCCCGCGGGCCGUACUUGACCCACCACUGUUUCAGAUAAAGAAAUACAACAAAACAUAUUUUACCUGCUAAAUUUUGUAUACACUGUGGGAACAAGUAACCCGACAGAUUUAACCUCGCAUUCCUGAGGUCAUAAGGAGCAAAAAAUGUUGGAUGACUUUUGGUUAAAUUUGGCAAAAAAAAGUGUGGGUACAUGUUUUGUGCAUAUGACAUGUCAUUACUUUUAUUUGCGAGUUUCCUUUGAAACUUUAAUGUCUGUCAGAAGGUAUCUAUGUCUAAAUCAAGUCACAUAGUACCAGCGUCGCAGCCAUAAAGGCGUUUUUACUGAGUUAUUUUGCUUGCAGACGCCGUCAGCUUGCAGACGUACUUACUAUGUUUUUAGACAGAUUGUUUUUAUCAAUGGUAUAUGUAUGACGUUAUGAAGAUUAAAUUAGUAUUAAGCGAAUGAGAGCGCGACAAAUAUACAAUAUGCAACAUUAUAUUAAUAUCACA